AUGGCCAUCCCAUGCAAAGCUGUAGAUCAGACUGAGGCCGAGGUCAAGGCUGAAUCAGAGCCCAGCAGCAAGCCCACUGCAGCGGCCACCGAGGACGGAAGUCAAACCUCACAGGCAGAGGAAGGCGGCGGCCGAGAAGAAGAGCCCUGGUAUCUCCAGGAGGAGCCUCCCAGGCAUCCCUCCCUGGUCCAGCAAAGUCAAUCCCUUCCAGAGGUACCGGACAAUGUCCCUCUGAUCCUAUACGACCUUGUCAAGUAUGCCGCUGAGGACAUGGGCUUGGACGAGCUGAAGCUACUGGACCUGCGGACCUUGGAUCCCCCAGCUGCUCUUGGGCCUAACCUCAUCAUGCUCUUCGGCACUGCCCGCAGUGAGCGUCACCUGCAUGUCUCUGGUCGCCAUCUGGUGUCGUGGCUGCGCAGGAAGGGCAUAAAUGCCCAUGCCGACGGCGUUCUGGGCCCUAAUGAAUUCAAGAUCAAGAUGCGACGCAAGCAAAGGAAGGCGAAACUCCUCGGCACUGCAGCCACCCCCAUGGGACGCGACGAUGGCGUCACUACGCGCUGGAUCUGCACAAAUCUCGGUACACUUUCCUCUGGCUCCCAGGAAUCAGUCGAGUAUGAAACCGCGACCGGCUUCGGCACCAGGCAGAAUGGUACGACGAUCGUGGUACAGGCAUUCACCGAAUCCAAGCGGAAAGAGCUGGACCUUGAGCUCCUCUGGUCCCGCAUUCUGGCUCGCAGGGGCGACGACAGCCUCAUCCCAGACGACCUGGAAUACACCGAGGCCGACACUCACCCCAACGAAUUAUCUCUGUUCACCGAAGGAGGCUCGCCCAAGGUCUUUGCAACGCCUUCCCAGCGCCGCUUCCUCUCGACUUCUUCCAGGCGGCCUGACCAGGUAACUGACCCGCCAACCAGCGACUCAAUAACCAACCAUGUUAACCCAACCUUAGACCCUGCAGCUUUCAUAGCCACCAAGGUGGCAGAACUGGAGCGACUGCAGGCACAAUUUGCAGGCUUUUCCUACGAGGACGCACUCGAGGCACUAGACAACUCUAGAACUGGACAGCCUUCGGCAUACACAAACGCCUGGAACCAAGCAAUUCAGCGCCUGCGCCCCGAACAUAGCUGGCAAUUCCGACUGUGGUUGUGCGUGGCGGGUCGCCAAUUAGGGGUGCGACGUUUUGACCUGGCCCAUCUGCGAGAACUCGUGCAUGAGAUGGAGCUUCUGGGCAUCAUCUGCCAUCGCGGCCACUACAUUGAAAUGCUCCAAGCGGUCUACCUUGAACCCACUGACAGCACCGUGCCGUUGUCAGAGCAGUCGAAAGUCGCUCUUGAGAUACUGAACGUCAUGUAUGAGCGUGGCGAGCCGAUCAUAGCUACAGAUGCUAUCGUGUCGCUCCUUGAGUCGCUAGCUCGGACAGAGUCUCAGGGCAAGCAGACCACCGAGCUUCAAACGAUCCUGGAAAAGUUCCUACUCCAGGCUGACCUGCCGUACAUGGGCGAGGAUGCCGUCAUGCGGUUGAUGAAUGCAUAUGCCGCGCAGGACAAUUGGACACGAUUCUGGGAAAUCUGGCGCAUGCCGCCCAGGUUCCAAGAACCACGCUCAAGGCAGCUUUAUCUACACUUAUGGACGACCAUGGCCUCGACGAACCACCAGAAACGGUGUCAAGAAGCCAUUCGAUGGUGUUUUCACGAGAUGCUGAACGAAGACCCGCCUGUCGGGCCUGUCAUGGAGGUCAAAGAUGCCCUGGAGGCGUGCCUAAAGGUUGCCGACCCGCAGGCAGAGCAGAUUGCCAGGCACCUAGUGAUCAAAGACCACAAGACGAAGAUGCUCUCUAUGCACGAAUUUGUCGUGAUAUACCGGCUAUUGAACCCGGAUUGGGUUUUGCGACGGACCUAA